AUGAAGGCCACCUUCCAGAUAAGUGACCUGAGGCCUCUCUCUUUCUACCUGAGGAUCGAGGUGCACCAGGACGGCUCCGGCAUCACAUUUCGACAGACCGCCUACGCCAAGCGUGUCGUUGAGCGAGGUGGGCUCACCGACUGCAACCCAGCUCUCAUUUCGACGAAGGACAGGCUGAAGUUGAGUCGUGACAGCACGGCUGAGGUGGAUGCUACACAGUACUGGCGGCUUGUGGGGAGCCUUCGCUACCUCGCCCACAUACGGCCGGACUUGGCGUUCUCUGUCGGCUACGUCAGUCGGUUCAUGUAG